AUGCUAUCAAAUUUAAGCUCAUUACAAGUGCUAGACCUUGCAGACAAUGGAUACAAUGGAAGCAUCCCAGCUAGCUAUGGAAAUUUCAAAGCAAUGAUACAAGUCCAAAGGGAAAAUCGUUAUCUAUUCUAUGGAAAUCCUAUGUAUGACACAUUUUAUGAAGAUAGCUUGGUUGUGAAUACAAAAGGCCAAGAACAAAAGUACACCAGGAUUCUUUCCCUUGUUGUCAGCUUAGACCUUUCUGCCAAUAGUUUGAGUGGAGAACUUCCUUCAGAUAUGACAAAUUUGUUGGGUUUAGUGGUUUUGAACUUGUCCAAAAAUCAUUUCAGUGGUUUCAUUCCAGAGGGUAUGUCAAAGUUGGCACAGUUGUUAUCUCUUGAUCUCUCAAAUAACAGGCUCUCAGGUGCUAUUCCUAACAGCUUGUCAUUACUUUCAUUCUUGGGGUAUCUCAACUUGUCAAAUAAUGAGUUUUCCGGUAAGAUUCCAUACAAUGGCCACAUAACAACCUUUGAGGCAUCCUCUUUUUCUGGAAAUCUAGGCCUUUGUGGCGAACCCCUCGACGCAAAAUGUCCAGGUGAUAACGACCACUUCGAUAAAGGACCAACUGUUAAGGCUGAUUAUGAGGACAAUUUUCUUGACCAUUGGUUUUAUCUGAGUGUUGGAUUGGGAUUUGCAGCAGGACUUCUACUUCCUUAUUUCAUGUUGGCAAUGAGAAAAUCUUGGAGCGAGUCUUAUUUCGGCUUUGUGGAGAGUGUGGUUGAAAGAAUUCCGUUCUUUGAGCAUAGAAUAAGAACAAUACGCAAAUGGCCUAGGGGACUUCAUUACUGAGAAUGAUUAUUGUUGCAGCUGUUUUAUUCUUCUUUAUUGUAUUAAGCUUAAUUUGUGUGACACUAAUGCAAUUAUCUUUGUCUUUUUUCUUUAUCAUCUGUAAGUUUUGUUUAGCUACAGGAUGCAUAAUUUCAUGAUCCUGUUAGCACUUUAAUUUACUAUAUGUUACUGUAAUAAAACUUAUUGGUUUGUUUCUG